AUGUCAGACAGUCGUUCAGUAAUGUUCAAUAUUCUUAAAAGAAAUAGAUUAACAUCUCCCAGCAGCAGUUUUAAACACUCAAAUUUUAAAGACGUAUGUUGCACUUCAGUAUUUCUGGACAGCAGAAGCAAUGAGUCAGAUCCUGAUGUAGAACAUAAAGAAGCACUGACUGUAACAAACUCAUCAUUGCUACAAGAGCAUUCUGAGCACAUUCAUCCAAAUGCCCUCUUUCCUGUGUCAUCAUCUAUUGAAAAUGAAAUUAAUUCUAUCUCCUUAUCAGAAAGAAGAGAAGCAAAUAGAAGUGCAGAUUUUUUUGAAACUCCUAAAGUGAGUAGAAAAGGCUCCUCGCUACCCAGGAGGCUGCUUUUAUCUAAAACUGUUUCAGCUGGCACAACUGUGAAAUGCUGUGAAAGACAAGCUAGUUCUUCAGGAAGCAGCAGGAAAAAAAUAUUCCCUUGUGUUUUGAGCUCCGAAGAAAAGCUUUCACAAACUGCUUCAGAUUCUACAAAAGACAAAAGUUACAAACCUCUGACAACUAGCACUUCAAAAACUGAGGACUCUAAUCCUGAUUGCCCAAAACGGAGACUUUCCUUUUCACAACAAAGGACUUCUACGCUAGAUGAGUCCAAAUGUAAGGACCCAUUAUUGCUGGAACCAGAAUGCUUGUCUCCAAUUCAGUGUAAGGAUGUUAUUGUUAGUAAUGCUAAUGAAUUCAAUGAAAGUGUCCUUAUGAGUGUUAGUGAUGGGUUGCUUAGGACUCCUACAUACAGUGUGUUACCUGAGGCCAAUGAGGGUAAGUUCCUGAUUUCUGUCAACAGUCUUGUAGAAAACUUUAACUUUGAAAUAUGUGAUAUAAACUCUCCCCCUGUUAAGCUGGCAAGUUACCCAGAUCUUUCAACACCUGAGGAUAGUGGAUAUAAUUCACUUCAUUUGGACAAAUCAGGAGACUCAUUGUCUGAUCAUGAGGGAUCUUUCCAAGAGUUCUUCCAAAAAUGUAAAGAAGGUUCCAAAAAUCUGGAUAGUAGAAGAAAGACAAGAAAACUUGAACGAGUUAGAAGGUUAUCUACUCUUCGGGAACAAGGCUCACAGUCGGAGACAGAAGAUCAUCAUGGCAGUCCUUCUGCUUCAGCACACAUGUUAACAGAAGAAAGAAACUUUAUCAGUGAAGACCAAGCAUUAGUUUUAGAAGAACAGCCUAGUGGAGACCUAGUUGUAAGUCACGGAGGUCUCUCAAGAACUCCAGCCCUGAAAAUAGUUCAUGAAAUUUGCUUGCAAAGACAAAGAUCGGACCAAAAUCAAGUAUCAGAGAAUAUUGAUGGAAGAGAAAUAUUUGCAUUAGAACAUGUUCUUGCUGGACUUAUUGGCAAGAAAAUGGGCCUUGAAAAAUUAGAUAUUUUAACAGAAUUAAAAUACAGAAACUUAAAACAUGUUCUUGCUAUAGUUUUAGAUGCUUUGACAGUGGAAAGUCUAUGCAG